CCAACCACAUCAAAACUAACACCAACUUAAGAAUAUACUGAAUUAGAAAUGGUGAAAUGGAAAGGAAAAGAUUUUCAUAGAGCGUAGAGAGAGAAAGGACAAGAGAGGCUGCAACAAAGCAAUCUCUCUUUCUUGGAUCUCUGAAAAAGAAAAAACACAACACAUUGCCAUUGAGAUUUUGUCAUCUUAACAAUCCAUCCAUUUCCUCUUACUCAUCAUCCUCAGCCUCAUCCUCCUCCUUGCUUCUUGGACCAGAUUAUCAUUAGUUUCUUCCCCUGAAUGCACACCAUGAGCCAACUUCGAGCAGUUUCAGCCCCAGAAUUAAUACCUUCUUCAAGCAGCAUUGCUCAACCAGGCCAAGAAAAUAUUGGUUUCGAAGGGGUUGCCACCAAUGUGAAGCUGUUGCUGAAAUUAAUUCAAGAUCAUAAUGUGGGGAACCCGAAAGAUAAUUUGGAGCGCAAACAUCAUAGGGUGGCUGGGAUGAUUUCAAUCAUAGAUGAAGUUAAGAACAGGAUUCAAAAGAUUCAAACGACUUCAAAGAGAAGAGCUGAACUCCGGCGGUGCAACACUGAUGUUAAGCCUAAUAUUCCGAGCCCAAGGGAGAAAAAAGGUCCUGAACUGAUAACAGAUGAGAAAGAAAGGCUAAGGAGAGAGCUUCAUGCAAGCUUGAUAGCGAGACAGAGCAUUCAAGCCAUAUGUUCAAGUUUGGGAAAAGAGAAGCAAAUAAUGGCAGCAGAACUUGCAAGGAAGGCUCAAGAAUUGUCAGAAUUGGAGGACUAUAUUAUUGAUCUGAAAGAUCAGAACCAUAUGUUGAUGGAGAAGUUGCGCUCUUGCAGCUUAGAACACAGGGAGAGGAGUAGUGAAAUGGAAAUGCAAGGCAACAUGGCGCUGCAAGAGAGAAACAAGGAACUCUCAGAGCAGCUCCUAAACGUAAAUGAUGGUUUUCAAUCUCUGAAGAAAAAAGUCAUAGAAACACAAGAGGAGAACACGCAGAUUCUUGCUACAAUGGAGGAAAUGGAGGGGGAAGUUCAAGCAGGCAUUAACAAGAUACAUGGCUUCAAGGGAAAAUUGGCAACAAAAGGUGAAGACGACCUCAAUAUCAAAGAGGACAUUUCAGCUUUAGAGCAUGUGCUCGAAUCUCUCAGCUUGAAAAUUUCAAAACAUAGGCAAAAGCAAACCUGGGAUCAUUAAUACAAAAGCUAAACGUGUACUAGGUGGAGGCGGAGAUAAGAGGUGAACUUGAGAUCAAUAUUCACUCUUCGCCUACCUCUUACUCAUUUUCAGUUCUAGUAAGCACGCUUAGAUCAUGAAAAGAAAAGGAGCCGUGAAUUAAAUAGUUUGCCUUUAA